GUGUUAGUAGAUUUCCUAUUCUCGGUGCAGCGCUACAACCUUCGUUCGCCGUGAGAUGCUAUGCUAUUGUUAGCGAACUAGUCGAGCAGUGUUCAGAUCCUCCGUCGCCGCGUUCUGCUCCGGUGCUUCUUUAGCACACCUCGGGCGUUCUGUUAACUAGAGAGCGGUGCGAUAGCUUCUUUCCAUGAAGUCUCGGGUGGUGUGCGGAGGCUGCCGCAGCAGCAGCGUUGUGUCAGGGAAUCUCGUCCGUUAGUGGUGCGGUGCAUCACAGAUUGGGGGAGGCGGCGUGUUACGGAGUCUGUGCGUUUAUUAGUAAUGUUCAGACGCUUCUGUAUGGCUGCAUGUUUGGGGAGAGGAAGUAACGCGGGACAGUGAGAGUAUUGUUAGGGUGUCGCAGGGCAAUACAGUGUGCCUGGUUUGGGAAGUGUGAUUGUUGGCGCGUUCAUGUCCUUGGGGUUAGUGCCAGGUUCAACCACUGUUGGAACGGAGGCUUUGGCGUGUUGAGUUUAGGUCUUGCAGCACACCACAGCAGACAUUCGGUUGAUGCGUUCUGACUACCUGAAAGUAGAGCGAGCAUCAGCGAGAGUGACAUGAGUUUCUCUCUAUCUUAACUGGUACAGCCCCGCGUCACUUAGAGUGCAAAUGUAGCUGCGUUCAUAGUACGAGCCUGCGUGUUCUUCUCUGUAUGUGGGUGUAGACUUCCUGUGCUUUUUUAGCACAUCGCGACUUUUGGCUAGAACGAUGGUGUCACUCCUCUGUUGUUCGUCCGCGGAUAAUUCGUAGUGUACGUGAGGCCGUUGUUGCCUAUGUGAGUCCACCAAGGACUAAAUAUCGAAUGUGAUGGCCCUCCCAAGGAGGCGAGAUGAUUCUUGCAGAGGUGGAUGCGGACAACCGGAUGCUGUUACUUUUGUGAAACGUCAAAGACGUGACUCCCCUCACAGCUGUGUAGGAAUCACUAUUGGUUUGGAGGAUCGAGCUGGUCCUUCCUGUGCAGCUUCGUCGUACCGAAGAGUUCCGGAACUAACUCGCGGCUCUUCUCAAACCUUCUCUAGGUGCGAUUCGUACUGUGGGCGUGCAUUGAGGUCUGAUAUUGUGAUGGUGUCUGGUAUUAAAGUAAGUUCUAUAAGUGAGCAGAGGAUCCAAGGCUUAGAACACAGUAUGGAUACUCAAACGCAGGUGCCCCGGAGACGAAAGUAUCUUAGGCCAGGACAACUGGCAAAAUUAGUGGAUGAGCAUAAGAAAUCUCGUAUGACUAAUGCGCUUAGAAAGAAGAAUAAAAUUGGAAAUAGCAUCUUCAGGAAAAACUCCUCUGCAUUGGAGGUUGCAAACGUGACGGAUUCGACUGCACCAUCUUUGAGUUCUCCAGUUCCUACGUUACAAGUGUUUGGACCUGCAUAUCCCCAGAGGAAAAAGUUAGUGGCACCUAGAACUCCACUGACCCCCGCUUCGCAGUUGACAGUGGUGCGGGAUCCCAUGCAUGAAGUAGAUUUCCCAUCCCAAUCCGAAUCACCUUUGGAAGGGCUGCCGGUUGAGCUACUGGUACACAUUGUUUGUAGACUUCACCAUGACCAACUGAAACCCGUCUUCCACGUCUGUAGGUCCCUGCAAGAAGCGGUUAAUAUUGCCAGGGAAAUGCACUUCAACUUCACUACCCCCGACUUCGAGAGACAAAAAACCAUUAGUUUGUGCACCCCCAAGCGCUACCGGGAUUUUUACUUAAGCUUUAGUGAAGCACCUGGAGGAGUGCUGGAUGUGCGACCCCCAACGCCACAGGCUCCAAGACAUGGACCUAAGCCACCACAUGUUCGGAUUCCAUUGUCUGAAAUGAAGACAGUCGUUGCUCCAUUGUUUCAAGGGCCCAGAGAUACUCCGCACAGGCCCCCUGGUCUCCCUCGGCCGACGUUCAAGGCAAUUGCGUCGCAUCGAGUCCUCUUCAAUGAAGCAGAAUUUUGUCAAGGAGGAGCUCUGUAACUUGAGAUUCGAAGUAAUGCUUCUGAAGCCUGUACGAUUUUUCAGAUACAUAUUGUCGCCUGAGGUGCAAUGCCCUCUUGUGUACAUGCCCUUGUUGGAAUCUUGUAGAGAGGUUCUUGUUUAUUAGGAGCCUGUUUAAACUGGUACCCAUUACUUCUAACAUAUAGCCGAGAUCAGAUACAUUUUGGGGCAUGGCACCACGCUAGAAAUUUUUACCACUGUCAAAUGUGGAAAUUGUAGGUGAAGCUGAAUGAUGAGCCAGCUUCCGUGAUGUAUCAUACUUUCUAAAACGUCCAAUGUAUGGACGGAAUUUUAGAGUCAACUAUGGCACGCUUGAGUUCAGUUUUGAA